AUGGAUCCAGCCCAUCGUCAAGGAGAAAUUGGGGCACAAUGCCAGGUAUAUCAACCAUUGAGCCCUCGGCAGACAAGAACGCUUCGAGUUCAUCCUUCGGCCGACUCCGAUGUUGAGAUUGAAUGCGACCUGUUCACGGUAGACCUCAAGAAGAAAUCAGGCGCAACAGUUGCGGGAAGCUCCAAGAAGGCCGGGUACGAGGCAUUAUCGUACACUUGGGGGGAUCCCGAGCCAACCAAGAGAAUCUUGGUAAAUGGGCUACCGUUCUGGAUCGCUGCAAAUCUCUUCGCGGCGUUGAGACAGCUUCGGCUCCCGGAACGACCCCGAGUGUUAUGGGCAGAUGCUAUCUGCAUCAAUCAAAACGACCUAAUUGAGAAAGCAGGCCAGGUGGGGAUGAUGUUCAGCAUCUAUCUCAAGGCCCUGCUCAAGACCUACGGCAGGGAGGGUAUAGGUGGCAUUCGUGGAGAGGUCGAGGGCCCAAGAGCACGCAGAGCAGCCACCAAGCUCAUCGAGACCAAGCCAUGGUUCCAGCGGACUUGGACCCGACAAGAGGUACAUGCGGCUCACAAAGUCCACGUGGCCUGUGGAAGCCAGGAAUGUUCUUUCGAAGACUUUCAGUUUGUUAUGGAUCGCCUCCUCCCAGACAUGGAUGAGAUUCGGGAUACGUUCAGACCCCAUCGUGACCCUCGGGAACGAGCCUUGAGCGCGAGGAGAGCAUACGUCUUCUUCAAACAGCAUUGCGAGAACGACAUGUACACUGAGGAAGGCGGAUUUCAUCAAGCCUGGUUCAGGAUGAUUAUGCGAAGCAGUCUAUAUGAAGCGACUUUACCACAGGACAAGGUCUUUGCUGUCCUGGGAAUCAUUGGGGAGAUGACCAAGGAGGCCUACGACGUUACAGAAGGGUUCCCAGAGAUUGAUUACUCAAAAUCGGUUUCGACAGUAUUCGAAAGCUUCCAGAAGCACACAAUCAACAUCAGCCAGACUCUUGCCAGUCUCCAGAUCUUCUACGACAGAGACGCCGUCGGACAGGACUUGCCAUCCUGGGCUAUCGAUCUGCGCUAAAACGUUACCCGCUUGAUGCUUCGAUUUGGCAUAUUCCACUUUGAUAUGCCCUAUACGGCGCCUCCAGUGCAGGCAUAUGACGAAUAUGGGCUUUUGCGUCUCGAGGGAGCACGGAUUGGAAUUAUCACCUCAACAGAGAGUCCUUGGAAAGGCGGAAUGCACCGGGAGUUCAACUCCGAGAUUUUGGGAUCUUACACUUCAGGGGUAGGACUUGAGAGCUGCUAUUCGAGCUAUGACUGGUGGAUGCCCGAUAAUCAGGGCAAUAAAGGCAUCGAAGAGGUAUAUAAGAUUCUUGAGAUGCGCUGCUCGUACAAUUGGGCAGCCUUAGAACCCAGGAACAACGAUGUCAUCGAAGAGUAUAAUCUAGCUAAAUAUCACUGCCUAGUAUUUGUGUCGCAUCUGGUGCGAGAGGGAGAUAUCAUAAUUCAUCCGUCUGGUGCCGAGAUGCCUUUCAUCUUGC